ACAUGUGCAAACUGACAAGAACUGCGAUUCAUGGAGAAAAUAUUAGCCCUCAUAGCUGUAUCUUUAGGCAAAAAAGUUACGGUAUAUGCUGUGGGAAGGUACUAUGGAUUCCCAAGACUUUAUAGACGAUUUGCAGAGUUCAACAGAAGAGUAACAUCUAACAGACAGACCCUUAGGAGAAGACAAGAAGUAAUGAAGUUUGUGUUCAGAGUUCCAAACAGAAUUUUAGAAUUUUUCAGGAGAACAAAGAGCAUAAGAUGACAAAGAAUGCUGAGCCGGAAAAUUGUGAAAAAUAACCUGAAAUAUAAUUGUACAUAGAAGCAUCUUAGCAGUGUUCAUAGAUUAUCUGUUCAUUGUUUCAUUUUGUAAAUAUAUAUGCAGAUGAAUUUUUCACCUCUGUCAGAGUACAUGACAUGCACAAAUCAAAAAUCUCCGAGUGCGCAUUACAAUAAACAUACUAAAGGUCCUACUUGAUGAA